UUCAGAAGUAAAGAUGGCCGGAGCAGUCUGCCGAACCUGGCAGCGGUCAACCCUUCUCCCAGGUCUCUUCUCUAGUCUCAAGGCGCAGAUAUCAACCUUCCCCAUCCUAAGGAGCACCCAGGAGGAGACCAGCGUCCUGUCGGAAUCAGAGCGGGUGAAGCAGGAGCGGAAGAUGUCGUCUGCUAUGCGUCUCUACCUGCAGAGGAAGCGUGAUCACGAUAUAUUUAUCUCCAGUGAGGAGGCAGAGUUUGAGAUGGGUCGGCAACAUCUUGCUAAUAUGAUGGGGAUGGAUCAUGCAACUAUGACACAGGAGAAUAUAGAUGAGAGUAUAGAAUACUUAUUCCCCUCUGGUCUAGUUCCUGAAGCAAGACCCAUUAUGAAACCUCCCAAAGAGAUAUUUCCAAGACAAAAAGAGGCUGAAUUUGAUGCUCAAGGUCGACCCUACCAAACCUUUUUCUACACCCGGAAACCGGAUUUACAAAACCGGAUAUUUAAACUCCGAGACAGUAUUGAGGCGGUGACUAUAUUUGGGGAGAGGUUAGCUAAGCAGGGUAAGCGAGCUGACCCCCAGCAGGUCCUGGAUAUGGGUCAGAUGGCGGACUCAAGGUGGAUUACCAAGGACGAGCUCUCCAGUCUCACCCUAGAGCUCAUAACAGACUCGGAUCACAGGGAGUUUGUAAAUGUCCUGGAGAGAUUAGUGUCUCUUCCUUUUUCAUACAGGGUUCGAGACGAGAUAUUUAGUUAUCGUGUAUCUGAAGGAAUCUCUUUAAGUAAACAAACAUAUUUAGUUCCUGAACAUGAUGAGAAAGGAAGAGCCUUCGUUGAGUUCGAGGGUCAACGUAAGACGGCCUGGGCUCAUGUUCGUGUGACUAAACCAGGAUCAGGAGGUGUAGUUAUCAAACACGCCGAGCAUCCUCAUUAUCUGAUGGAUCUAGGAUAUUUCUUUGCUCUCAAGGAGAGAUUAGCCAUCAUGUAUCCUCUACAGUUUACCAAGUUGCUUGGAUUGGUGGAUCUUGAUAUCACUGUGAAGGGAGGGGGUGUGUCCGCUCAGGCCGGGGCGGUCAGGUACGCCCUCUCAAUGUGCCUCAGAUCUUUUGUUGAGAAAUCAGUUGUAGAUGAUAUGAAGAUUAAUGGACUUCUAACCCAGGAUAUACGUGUGAGAGAGCGGAAGAAGCCUGGAAAAUCAGGGGCCAGGAAAAAUUACACCUGGAAAAGAAGAUAAAAAGAUGAAAAUAAAUGUUUUGAUAAAUUUAGUUUCUAAUAUUUCAGA